CGCGCCCUGGGUGCUGUGCGCAGGCGCCGAACGAAACGCCCCUCCCUCUCCCCGACGAAGCUCCGCCUUCCGAGAAGGCCACGCCCCCGCGUCCCGCCCGCCCGCCGCCGCCGCCAUGAGCGGGUGGGCGCCCUACGUGGAGACGCUGCUGGCGGACGGCACCUGCCAGGAUGCUGCAAUCGUCGGCUAUCGCGACACCCCCGCCGUCUGGGCCGCCGCCCCCGGCAAGACCUUCGCUAAUAUCACGCCAGCGGAGGUGGCGGCACUGGUGGGCCCCGAGCGGGGGCCACUGCUGGUGCAGGGACUGACGCUGGGGGGCCUGCGCUGCUCUGUCAUCCGGGACUCACUGCUGGUGGAGGGGGAGCACAGCAUGGACCUGCGCACCAAGGGGGCUGCCGGAGCACCCACCUUCAACAUCACGGCCGCCAUCACCAAUAAGACCAUCGUACUGGCCAUGGGCAAGGAGGGCGUCCACGGCGGCUGUGUCAACAAGAAAUGUUACGAGAUGGCCAAUCACCUGCGGCGCAGCCAGUACUGAGGCGGGCUGGGGGGAACCCCCGGGACCCCCCCGGGGACUCCUGGACUCCCAGGGACCAGCAGGACCCCAUCCCCCACCCCCCUAAUCCCCGCUGCCGGCAGCAAUAAAGUGCCCUUGUGGG